GCAGCGUUUUAUUUUACUCCAGAAAAAUAGUUGUGUGAUGGAUUGUACUGAGCAAAAUCUGAGAUUUAUUUUUAAAGACUGAAGAAAGAUCGAAAAGAAGCAAAUGGAUCGCUGCAAUUUGCUAAACAAAUGGAUUAUUCUUUCAAUCCAUUUCAAGUCAGACUCAGCCAGAGCUAACCUUUGACCUCCAGACAAGGACUCGUGUAUUUCCGAUUGGUUGAAAAUGGAGAAACCCCUGGUUCUGUUUCGUGCCGUGUGCGCCACGCUGUAAACAAUGGACGCGUGUGGAUUAACUCCAUUAACGGAGAUUAAUGAAACUGAAUUUAAUGAGACACUGAGACAUGGCCACCCAGAACACCUGGCUCCCAGCAUGCAGCUGGGCACCAUGUCCAAUCCUCAAUCACGUUUGCGAGAUACAUCAGUACUCAUCGUCAUGGUGACCCUUAAUGCAGUAGCGCUGCUAGCAAACAGCUGCAUCCUUGCCGUCGUUUUAAAAGUUCCCCAUCUUCGCAAGUUUAGUUUAGUGGGUCACCUGUGCAUCGUGGACUUGUUGUGUGCCGCCCUGCUCAUGCCUCUGGGCAUCGUCUGCGGUUCACCCUUUUUCGCUGGCGUGGUGUUUUCGGUACUCGAAUGCCGGCUUUAUGUGUUCCUCAAUGCCUUUCUCAUAUCUGCCUCUAUUUUUACUGUAACAGUGAUUAGUAUUGAACGUUAUUUCUAUAUUGUACAUCCCAUGAGAUACGAGGCCAGGCUGACCCCGUGGGUCUCGGCCGCCGUGAUGGGUCUGGUGUGGGUGGUUUCCACUUCGCUCGGACUGGCGACCGUCUUCGGGUGGUCCAAUUAUGGCAGCAGAAGCUCCAUCGCAGCCACCCAUUGCUCUCUACAUUGGAGCCACAGUGGACAUCGACGGAUGUUUGCUAUUCUUUUCUGCGCCGUUUGCUUUUGCGUACCAUCUGCUAUCAUACUUGCCGUCUACGCCAAUGUCUAUAAGGUUGCCCACACGGCUGCCAGGGACAGGGGGCCGAUCCCUAGCUGGCCGACCCCGCACCCAAAGCGUCGAUCCGAUUCCGUCAACAGCCAAACCACCAUCAUCACCACCAGCACCAGCGUCCGUAGAAACGAAGUCCCCCGCAGAAAGAAGAGAACGCUGGUGGGCUGGAAAGCGGCCAUCACCUUGGCCAUUAUCGUGGGCCACUUUCUGCUUUGCUGGCUGCCUUACUUUGCUUUUCAUCUGCAUCUGACUUUGGGGUUUUCUCAUAGUGAUUUCGAUGAAGCAGAGGGUCUAGUCACCUGGCUGGCUUACUCGACGUUUGCAUUGAACCCGUUUUUUUAUGGACUGCUGAACCGUCAGAUCAGGGAGGAGUUGUGUAAGAUCCUGUUGUGUUGUCGAUCGCCCCGUAGGCCGAUGCGGGGCUCAGCGUCCGGUCACGAGCGUUCAGGCCAGGAGGACGUUUUUCAUUUUUUGCACAGGAACAGGGGCGAGGAGGCAAAUAGAUGCAGCUACCAUGCGGUCACGCCGAGGAGUACAAUGGAGCGCAACCGCUUUUGGAUACAGGGACAAAUAGCAGAAGAAGUCACUUAAACAUUGAAUGAGGAAUUAACAGCUCCACUCUGAAGUCGAUAAGAGCAAAACUUUCUUUUCUUCAUAGCUGUUUCCUAACUGUUGAAACAAAUGUUUUUUUUAAGAGAAUACAUAUUUAAACGCAUUACUUACAGCAACAAAGAGUAAGCAAAAAAUGUCUCGAAACAAUUACAAAGUUUCAAUGGUGACUAUUUAUUUAUUUGAUGCUUUUAUCCUAAGGAACUUACAAGAGCAUAUAAACAUUUUGUCAACACGCUUAACAGUACCAUAAGUUUACAAGGCCAUGCUAGACCCACAAUAUUAUUUUUCCAAACAGGACAUAGACAGUUAUUGGUUUAACAUUAUGUACUGUACAUUGGGUACAUUAUUACAUUAUAUAUAUUAAAGGGACAGUUCACUCAAAAAUGAAAAUUCUAUCAUGAAUUACUCCCUCUCUAGUUAUUCCAAACCUGUUCUUUGUUUGGUUGAACACAGAGAAAGACAUUUGGAUGAAUGCUUGGAACCAAACAGUUCUUAAACCCCAUAGUAGGAAAAAUGGCAAUGGUAGUCAAUAGUGCCCAAAAACUGUGUGUUGUCCUCCAUUCUUCAAAAUAUCUUAUUUUGUGUUCAACAGAAUAAAAAAAUGUUGGUGGUCAAUGUGGUCCAAUAACUAUCUGGUUAUAGGAAUUCUUCCAAAUAUCUUUCUCUGUGUUCAUCAAAUUUACACAGAUUUGGAACAACUGGAAGUUGAGUAAUUGAUGAUAGGAUCUUUCUUUUUUGGGUGAACUAUCCCUUUAACAUCUAGCUGGAUGAAGGGACCAUACAGAUUUUUUUAUUGAAAUUGAUAUUAUUUUGGGUAAAAUACCAGUUUACCAUUUAUUUGUUUAAUAUUAUAUAAUAAUUGUAUAACUUAUAUAAUAAACAAUCCAUCUGCGGUGCAGGUCAAACAUUGUAAAAAAUAAGCAGGCAAGAAACAAUCUCAUACAAAGGAAUAUUGCAUGGUAAAGCAAACAAUCUGUACGUACGGUAUUUAUUUAUAAAUGUGAAUUUUAAAGGAGUUUCUAAUUUCAGUUUUUUGCUGUAUUUAUUCUAUUGGACAGCAUACUGUAUGUUGAGUUAUGUUGUGUUUACAGCUCAUUGGUUGGUCAUCUACUGACUUUUGGCAGCAUGGUUGGCACAGUCAUGUCCAUUGUCUGUGAAAUAUCUUUGCCCUUAUUUUCAAAGUACGUACAGUAUAUGGAGUCACUCAUUACAUCACAUUUAAUUGUUCUUUGUUUCUUUGCCAGCGAAACAGUAUUACCGGCAUUGUCUAUUGUUUAUUAUUGGAGAUGCCCACAUUAGUUGGCAAACACCAGUAACAGCUGUGUCCAUGUAUUUAUGGUGAAAGUGCACAUGUGAACUAAUGAUUUAGUUUUGUCCUGGUAAAAUUGUAUUGCUCAGAUCUUGCUUCAAGAUUCGAAGAGUUUUCUCCUAAAUCUGCUGAAGAUGAAUAUAAACACAACAAGUUAUAAUACAUUGAGAGUAUGGUGCUGUAAAUAUUAUUAUUAUAUUCGUUUUUCACUUAAAUAGUGAUUAUCUGUUA